AUGCCCCUAAUUCUCUCCCUGGCAGCUCCAGGUAGCCCAUGUCGCCUCUUCUGGCCCUCGGCGCGCCUCGCAGGGCAAUGGCACGCUACGCACCUGCCGACCAAUUUCCUCCGACUCCGUCAUACAUCAUAUGCAAUUUCGCCAGCAUGUGUCUCGGCAGUGCCUUAUCGAGAAUGCCGGCGAACUGCUCAGCGAACGCGCAGCGACAUACCCUUUUCUCUCCAUGACGGCACAUCGAGCUUUUCGACGCAACACUCUACACCAUCUCCUGAGGAUGAGAACGUCGCAGAUGAAGGAGGAGAAGAAGACGAUAUCCUUGGAUAUUCCUCUGAAGAGGAGAGGUCAAGAGUUGAAGUGGAUGAGGAUGCGCUAGAAGCAGAAAGUGCAAUCAGUCAGAACACGUCUUGUGCAGCUACGUACUUCCCAUUCAAGGCACAAACCAGUCGGAGCUUGAGCAAGGCACAGCGGCGCAGUCAGCCCACGACUGUGCUGGAUUCGAUACACUCCUCGGCUCGGCACCUGUACUCGGCUACACCACGUGGAAAAACAGAUUUAUCGCACACCAGUCCAAGACGCCACAUGCCUGGUGGCCAGUGGCGGCGAACCCCAAGCUCCCUUCCUUCUCCAGUAACGUCACAUCAACGCACAACAUCGCCUUCCUUGUACUCAAUCAUCUCGAGAUACCUUGGACAUCUUACUACAGCAGCUUCUCAAGACACGCCAUUCACAUGUACCCAGCAUGAACUUGAAUCACUACAACGGGUAGGCUUGACUCCGAAUACUGUGCAAACAUGGGCACAUUCGCUUCUGGAGACGAACUCCAACGUUGCUGCAAGAAUCUUCCAGCACGGCGCUGAAGUACCGCCAUUCUUCCUAGUGCUACUUUUCCUUCGCCGUGAGCACAUCAGGGUCUAUGCGCUGGGCGUGGUCCUGAACCAUAUUGGCCUCAGGCUCGAGAGGGACACAAUAAGCUGGAAGACUCUAAAGAUUGUAGUCGUACGAGUACUGCGGCAUGCCCGUAAGGUAUGGCCAGAAUCGAUCCCCUGGAUCUCGAAAAUCUUCACAAAAAAGGCAGCAAGCAUUCACAAGGAUGACAACGGCACCAAAACCUUCUCGUCUCGCACGCUUGGAGAGCUGACUCACUUUUGCAAUAAUCUGCUGUCGUUGCUGUCGCUACCUUCGUCCCUUCGACCAAUGAUAGCCUCUCGUCACCAGGAGAGCGCUCAGUUUCGCAUUCUGCAGUUCAUGGCUGGCUACGAUCCCUCCAUUGCAGUGACACGCACUGGCUUCCGGGCAGUCGCGCGAAUUCAGCUGACACACGGAAAAACUGAACAAGAGAAAGAUUGGGCGGAGCUGAAAGGCCCUUCGUGGCCCCCUUGGAAAGAGAGUCGAACGGCAAUGGACGAGGGCAAGGGCUACGAGUAUGGUGCCUCACGGGCCUCGAAGAUCCUACACCGCAUGUUUGAAGCCGGGUAUGCUGCGCGCACCUGGGAAGAAGUGGCUGAGGUGUAUGCUGGUUGGGACACCGACUUGAGUCCCACCAUCCAGACACGUACCCUGCUACCGUUCGGGUUCCGAGGCAAGCACGCUCAUCGACUUUGGGCAGCGCGCAUUCGAACAACCAGAACCAAGAGAGAGGCAUGGGCGUGUUUCCUGGCGCAUGAAACGUCGGGCGCACCUGCGCAUGAGGAGAUAUACCUUGCUAUGUUCGAGAAGCUGUUCUAUCUGGAGGCGCAAAGACGAGUUGAGGGCGAGUCUCAGUACGACGCGGGCUCCGAAAAAUCGCUGGAACACACAGCCGCAGCUUUACUCCCUGGAGACAUGAAGGAGGUGCUUCCAGACCCAUCCUCGCCUCUACACAACGUCUAUCUCAGUGAGCCGGUUCCUACAUACGAACAAUUCUACCGCCGCAUGAUGAGUAGAAACAUGCGGCCUACGAAGAGACUCCUAGCCUUCUUACUCAAGACCUACCCUGAUUUUGCCACACUUUACAAACUUCUAGAGAAGGCCAAAGACGACUUCAAUGGUGGCAUUGGGUGUCUCAUCACUGGCGACCAUGGCGAUACUAGCACUGUCCACGAGAUCCCCGGCUACUUUCUCGCUGCAUUCAUUCGAUUCCUUUGCCGAUUUGGCCAUCCCACAAGAGGGCUUUCUGCCAAAACAACCUUGUUAGCACCGAAUCAGCAUGCUCGUCAGUUCCUGUUCAAUGAGAACUACCUUCUCGAAUACGCCUACGCACUUCUCCUGCACUACAAACCACGCUACCAACCUGCGUGGACUGCAUUUGCGGAGAGAGUCGUGUUCAGCAGGUUCGGAAACCAGUCUAUGUACCAUGAGAAGGACAGUGCAAUGGGCAUAACGGACGUUCAGUAUAAGAUUAUCACCAAGCUGCUGGAUACGUUGGCUUCGAUCGACGUCGAUGUUGAAGGCGAAUUGUUCAACCUCGCCUGCACGGCGACCAGAUACGCUGCACAGGCUGUGCACCGAGGAAAUUUCCCUGUGGAGCAAGGCCGCGAUUUCUUGGCCACUAGAUCCUAUCGACUGCGUAAACUCUUCCAUAGUUUCGUAGGCGUCCAUGCAGAUCCAGAGGUGCCCAUCCGUGCGUCCAGCAUACCAUCGCGCAUACCCGGGCCUGCAGAGCUACACGCCUACGUUCGUGCACUCGGUGUCCUCCGCGAUUACGAGGGGCUAUAUUCCUUCUCCACAUGGCUCACCAAGAAUAACUCCGAGGUCACAGCACGUGCCCGCGCGCAACACGGCGGUAACGACAUGUUGUUCCGGACGCUAGUAGCGUUGAGAGCUGCUACCAGCGGAUGGUUAGAAGAAGGACGCGAUACUCGACCGACAGCACCUGAAGAGAUAAAGCAACUCAUAAAGGCGCAGAUUGCUAGUGUGGAAGAGUGGGGUGGUUGGCCGAGCAAAAAGUACGUUACGUUGUAUAUUGAAGGUCACGUGAGGAGUUCGACGCCCGAGGUUGGUGGACGGUAA